AUGGCCAAGGAGACGGCGGCAGCGCCAUCAGCUCUCGUCACUGACAUUCUGUUGUCUAUCAAAAGCAACCUCGCUUUGUUGUUUGUGCUCUUUAUUGUCCUGCGCUGCAUCUAUCGCCGGUACUUCCACCCCCUUGCAAAAUACCCGGGCCCGUGGAUCUGUUCCUGCACUCGCCUGUGGAAGGUAUGGAGCGUGUACAAGGGCCACACGGAACUUGAUUUCAUCGACUUGCACCGAAAAUACGGGAGUGUCGUGCGCGUUGCGCCCAACGAGCUCUCCUUCGCCUCGCCCGUUGCUGCGCACGACAUCCUGGCCCCCGGAAAUGGCUUCACCAAAACCGAAUUCUACAAUGUAUUCCCACCGAAACAUGCACCGGACAUCUUCACGGAGACAAGGGAGUGGAAACAUGCCGCCAUGAAGCGGGUGGCUGUAGUUCCCUAUAGUCUUGCCAGUGUGCAGAAGAUGAGCCCCUGGAUCGAGGACGUGCAAAAGGUCCUCAUAGCCAAAAUUGGCGAGUAUGCCGAUUCCGGGAGGGUGUGUGAUCUUGGCGACUUGCUCCAUUACUUUGCCUUUGAUGUUGUUGGAGAGUUUGCAUUCUCACAGCGCUAUGGAUUCGUCGCACAGGAGAAAGACGUCGGAGGUACCAUUAAGCUGAUUGACGACGUACAGUGGUACGACGGCAUUGUUGGUCAAGUUCCCGAGCUACGACACGUACUGCGGGAAAGCCCCGUGUUCCAGUACCUCUUAACGCUGUUGAGUCCCCCACAAGUCACACGAAUGGCCUUAGGCGAAAUAGCCAAAAGGAAACAGAGCAAGACUGAUGGCUUCUUCCUCGAGCCCGACCGGCGAGAUCUGCUGGGCCAACUGAUGGAGGGCAGCGCCAAAGAUCCGAGCAAGUUCUCCGAGAUGGAUAUCUUCUCGGUCGCUCAUGGCGCAAUAGGCGCCGGUGCUGAUUCAACUGCUUCUACGAUGCAAUCAUUCUUCCAUUUCGUACUGACCAACCCGGAAGUAUAUCGGAAACUUUGCGAAGAGAUCCGGCAAGCCCAUCUAUCGCCCAAUGUGACCUGGGCAGAAGCACAGGAUUUGCCGUAUUUCCAGGCAUGUCUAUUGGAUGCAAUGCGAUUGCGGCCUGCAGUCGGACUGAGCAUUCCUCGAUACGUUCCGAAACAAGGCGCAACAAUUGACGGUCGUCAUUACCCGGGAGGGAUCGUGGCAUCCGUCAAUGGCUGGGCGGUCCAUCGCGAUACUCUUUUCGGCGACAAUGUCGACGACUUCCGACCUGAGCGCUGGCUUUCUGGCGAUGUUAGGGACAUGAAGAAGCAUAUGUACCAGUUUGGAGGCGGCGGACAUCUUUGCAUUGGACGGAACCUCGCGCAGUUUGAGAUGAACAAGAUCCUGCCUCAACUACUCAUGAACUUCGACUUUGAGCUUGUCUACGCCGGACGGCCUCUAAAGUCCCACUCGACCUUCUUCGUGGUCCAGAGUGGGCUGGAAGUCUUUGUGAGGCGGAGAAAAUAA